CGAAAGACAAACCAUACGCAUCAUGUCGAUGUCAAUAGCACAGGUGGAGGCUGCUCUUGCAUAGGUAAUGAAGUAUGCAAAGGAGGGCGUCCACUACAAUGGUGACAGCGAGUUGUCUUUGCUUCAGGACAAGGUGCCGAGGUACUUCAUAGUCCCUGUGGAUAUGAGAUCCACGAUCAUGGCAAACGAUGAGGGUUGUGUCAUAGCACGAACACUCUUGCAACGCUUCAGAGAGUCACCACAUGUACGUGUGGACAGCGAUGUGGAAGACAGUGCAUACAGUCUAAAAGGAGUUGUCCAGUGGAUGUGCAGCGAAAGGAUGCGCGAAGAAGGAGACGUGGACAUGACAAUGCAGCAGAAAGGGGGGACAUAUAGACCUGCGGAUUUCAAGAAGUUGCUGGCCACUGUGGCACGGAAUGGGGGAAUGUUGGUUGAUGGGUCGAAGGACGAGUUGAAGAGUGGUGCUGCAGAAAUCUUGGUGUUGUCCAGAAUGAAGGACAUUACGCAAACACCGCCAGAAGACUUUCAAGAUGUUCCUGUCAUUGUUGCAGAUGGUGUGGAAUAUAUUCUGCUGGAUCAACGUAUGGACUUCAUGAAAAAGAGUGUCGACAACAGGAAUGUCAUCCAUGAGGCGUUGCACGAAGUCACAGAGUUUGCACUGCAGGGUCAAGAUCUGAUAGAAUUUACAGCAACGAGAGAGGAACGAGUGUGUUCCGAUAUCUUUUAUGAUUUUACAAUGGAGAAAGAACAGUGUGAUCGUGGAUUUGAAGAGGCCGAUUUGCCAAGUUGUUGUGCAGAGUACACAGACAGUGCAGAAGAAGAAGAUGAAGAAGAGGAUGAGGGGGCAUCAUCUUCUGACAUAGAAGUGAGCGGCAGCGAUGUCAGCAGCGACGAGGAAAACGAGCAACAUGAUGUAUACUAUGAUUUGAAGGGGGCGGGUGGACAAGUGACAAAAGGUUGGGCACAUGCAAUUCUGAGGUUGACACGUGCUUUUCCCGAUCCGCACAAAGUGUUGCAUGUUGUGAUGAAGAAGGCAACACCAGAUAGUGCACUACAGUAUGCCGCAGUGACCAGCAUAAUGAAAUCAUGCAACAAGGGGAAAAAGUGGUCACGUGUUGGCAAGGGAUGGUUUGUUCUGGUCAAUAGAGAGGCAGUGCUAGCAACGUCACUGACAUGGGGUGUCAACCUGAGUUGCCUCAUACAUGGCGCACUGGCGACAACUUGGGAAGAGACAUUGCACCCCGAUUUGUCAACAGGAGAUGCAAUAGUUAGGAAAAUGGACAGCGGUCUACGGGUGUGCGACUAUGGCAGGCCUUUCAUGUCAUUACGAACUUUGAACUCACAUCGUGCGAGGGCAUGCCCGACCGUGGUGGACAAAAGAACACAUGGGCAGAAGAUGGGUGUGGUCGAUGACGCCGGACCAUCAAGUAUAGGUGCAGUGAAUCUCGUGAGCGAUGAGAGCGAGGACGUCGGGGCCCCCGAGAAUGUAGACUGGGAGGGCAGGACAUUCGAAGAGCAGCAAGCGCAGCUUGUUGAGUCUUUUGACAGCUCUCGCAAGCUGGCGGCACUAAUUUUCUCCGCCAGGGGCGACGUCGGUAUGUCGCAGAGCGACAUAGAUGCUCUCUUGUCACUUCUCACAGACCCGAGAUUCAGCACGAGAGACAUCGCGUAUCGUAAUAGUCGAGAGUGUUUGACAUGGGCAGAGAGUCUAGCAGAGGCUACUGGAUGGAAACAGUUGGAUCUACGUUGUGACGAUUGGCAACGGUGUCAACCGGUAGAACGGGUCUGCCGGCACGCCGAUCGAACCCUAUACCUCGCGCCGUGUCUGUCACUCACGGGAGGGUCGAUCGGAGAUCUUGUAACCCGCAAGAAAUCAACCUCGUCAGUAUCAACGAAAUACGCUAGCACCGCAAUAUAAGGCAGAAAACUGCUGACGACGAAACAAUUCGUAGAAAUGAUCGAAAUGAAAGUUUUGAUUCAGU